CAUGCGACUUUGAGUUUGUUUCCGUCCGUACUGGUGUCGUGCCAUUGAACGUACACUUACAAGGAUAUGCGUUUGCAUGGUGUAACUGUAGAAGCAACAACAACAACAGUGGAACUUGGUGGAUCUGAAGAAAAAUUACCAAACCAAACACACCCAGAAGCUGCAACACAGACCCGCUGCCAUGGAUGGUUUGUUUUUAUAUGGCGUCUCCAUAUGGUGGUCAUCUGUGUUCAAAAUAUGGAGAUGAAAAGAAAGUUUGUAAAUAAAGACAGCAACAAGUCAUACGUUCCAUUGAAGAAGGUUAAAAAGGGGGAACCAGACGAUGAACAAAAACCAGACCAGUCAACAAAGACAGCAGAGGAUAAGCAUAAAAAAGCAAAAGAAGAGCAAACUUUGUCAAAGUCCCUGCUUGACACAUCUGUCAGCUGGAAUGCGGAGGAGGUGAUAGCGUCUCACCUUGGUGUACCGGUGUGGGCGGCAAGGAACGCCGUGAGACUACUGGACGAGGGCUGCACCGUGCCGUUUAUCACCCGCUACAGGAAGGAGCAAACGGGGGGAAUGGAGGCACAGAUUAUCAGAGAGACACUCACUCUGUUGGAAGAAUUAAGAGCUGUGGAAACAAAGGUGAAAGCUGCUAAAGAGCAUAUUUCUGAGAAAGGAAAAUUAACUGUUGAGCUGGAAAAAGCUUUGAGCCAUGCUCAUACACUACAAGAAGUAGAAUGUUUGUUUGCUCCCUUCAAAACAGGCAGUAAAGGAACAUUAGCUGAAAGGGCCAGAUCCUUAGGACUUGAACCCCUAGCAGUGCUGUUCUCUAAGGGAUUUGGGACCAAUGCAGAAGCUGCAAAGCUAGUCCAACAUGACACAAAAGAUCUGGGAAGUGUGAAGGAGGUACUUGAAGGGGUGAAACACAUCAUUGCUGACAUGAUUCAUAAGGACCCGGAAAUUAUGGAGCUGGUUAGGAGCCUUUCAAGAAAGAGUCCUGUUAUACAAUUGCAUUCCACAAAGUCGAAGGCAAAGAAGUCUGAACCAAAACCAGGGACCAAACCAGAACCUGAACAUAAGUAUGAGACAUACUUUGAAUUCCAGCGAUCUGCAGCUGCCAUGCAACCUCAUCAGACCUUGGCAAUUAACAGAGGAGAGAGUCACAAGAUCCUGGCAGUGAAGGUGGACAUACCUAAGAAGUUGGAGUUUGAUAUUAAAAGUAGAUGCCUCUUCAAGUGGAGGGUUUGCAACAUGAACCAGGACAGUGCCACAGUUUUCACAGAUGCUGUUGAAGAUGCAUUAUCUCGUCUGAUUAUCCCACAGAUCACUAGGAAUGUCAGGUCUGAACUAACAAAAGAAGCAGAAAAAUCGUCCAUAGAUGUGUUUUCCAAAAACCUGAAGCAUCUUCUGUUGACAGCUCCACUUAAGGGAAGCAUAAUCUUGGCUUUGGACCCUGGGUUCUCCCAUGGUUGUAAGACGGCCAUCAUAUCUGUAACAGGUCAAAUACUAGCGACCCAGAUAGUGUGGCUACAUGGUAAACCCAAUGAAAGAAUCAACCAGCUUUCUGUCUUAGAAGGCCUUAUACACACCCACAAAGUUGAGAUUGUUGCUAUCGGUAAUGGUGUAGCCUGCCGAGAAACUGAAUCCGUUGUGUCGGGGCUUAUCAAGAAGUCAUUCCCCAGUCUGAAAUAUUGCAUAGUCAGCGAGUGUGGCGCCUCUAUCUACAGUGUCUCCGAUGUGGCCAAGGCAGAAAUGCCUGAUCUUGACCCUUCAUUAAGAGGAGCAGUGUCAAUAGGAAGGAGGCUGCUGGACCCACUUGCUGAGUUUGUGAAAGUGGAUCCUAAACAUCUAGGUGUGGGACAGUACCAGCAUGACAUGCCCCAGAGUCAGUUGAAGAAAGCUCUGGAUCUGACAGUAGAGGAGUGUGUGAGCUUUGUGGGUGUGGACAUCAACACAUGCAGCCAGUGCCUGCUUAGUCGAGUUUCUGGGCUCACUGCGUCUAAAGUAAAAAAAGUUCUAGAAUGGCGUGAGAAAUUUGGUCCAUUCAUUUGUCGGGAGCAGCUAUUAUCGGUGAAAGGACUAGGCGAGAAAACAUAUGAACAGGCGGCAGGAUUUGUUAGAAUCCAUAGCUUGAAUAACGAAGAUUUCAAAAACCUGUCGCCAUUGAAAGCUGCAAGCAGGAAAGGAAAGGGCAAGAAGAAGCCAGUAGCAGAGUACAAGCCUAAUCCCCUUGACAUGACAGAAAUUCACCCUGAGUCAUAUGAAGCUGCCCAAAAGUUCAUCACCAUGGCAUCCCUCAGUUUGAAGGAUCUGGGACAACCAGACUUUAUCAAAAAGAUCGGCCAUUUCAUGUCAUCAAUCAAAUCCCUGGAGGAGUUGGCAGGGAGGUUAAGUGUGGGGGUUCCAACAGUGACUCUCAUUGCCACAGCCUUGCAGCGACCGUUGACUUACGACCUCAGAGAAGGUUUUGACAAGCCACUUUUCAAACAGAAUAUCACAGAUAUGAAUCAGCUGCAAAAAGGUCAGAGGGUUACAGGAAAGGUCAACAAUGUAACACACUUUGGGGCUUUUGUGGACAUUGGUGUGGGUAAAGACGCAAUGGUGCAUAACUCUAACAUGAGACUGAAGGAUACAGGGAGACCUUAUUCACUUUGUGUUGGAGAAACAAUCGAGGCAGAGAUCGAAAACAAGGAUAUCUCUAAGGGCAGAAUUGGUCUGAGGUUGAUCAGGUUGAUAUAAUAUUUACAUUGCAAACAAAGAUUUGUUUUGAUUAACAAAUGAACAAAUUGGGUACUUACAUUUGAUUGUUUAAUUAAAAUUGAAGAUAAUGAUGUUAAGUUCAAGAGGUUGUUGGUUUGUUGUUACUUAUUUGUUCGUUUAAAUUCAUAAUUGCCGAUCAACAGAGUGUUAUAUCUAUGUGAUAAUUUAUAUAAAAUUGAUAAAAAUACAACAAGUGGUUGUGACCUAUUUGUUAGUUCAAAUUCAAAAACUUUGUUUCUGUUUGAUUUUAGGUAACUCAUUUGUUUUGUUGGGCUUUAUCUAACUGCUCCUUUAAACAAAAUUACUGUUGAAUAUCUUAUGUUGUGGAACAACAAUUUUUAUGCCCCCGAAGGAGGGCGUAUAGUGAUCGCACUGUCCGGCUGUCCUUCGGUCACACUUUUGCGUUUAGGUUUCGAAAAAUGCAUAUAACUUCUAUGUCGCUUCAGAUGUAACCUUCAUAUUUGGUAUGCAUGUGUAUAUGGACAAGGCCUUUCCAUACGCACACAAAUUUUGACCUCCUUGACCUUGAACUUAGGGUCCGCUUUUAUGUUUCAAAAUCUGCGUUUAGGUUUCGAAAAAAGCGUUUUUCGGGGGCAUAUGUCUUCCGAUGGAGACAAUUCUUGUUUAAUUCAAAUACAGUUGUUUAUGUAAUGGUACUCAUUUUUAAUUGGUCAUAAACAGGGAGAAGUUUCCUUAUAUGGAAAAUAAAAUGUUACUAUGUUAUUGUGUUUUAUGAACAUCCUUUCGAAAGACAAAUAUUUUAGAAAGAAUAAACCAUGCACAAAUUUUUCUGUGAACUGAAAACACUAAUUUCCAUAUUAAAUGUUUACUAUAGAACACUUAAUUGUAUGUGCAAUUUGUAAUAAUAUUUGUAAUAUAAUUCCUGUGAUCAUAUAAUAAUUUGUUUAAUAAAGUUCAGUUAAAUAG